AUGUCGGGGAAGUCAGCAGCAGAUGAUUUCUUUGGCAUAGAAUACAUGUCAUCUCAACAGCCCUCGAAGGCUGAUGGACAAGAUGCGGAAAAAGACAGUUCAAGUGGUAGCUCAGAUGAGAGAAAGAAUCCCCAUCAGAACGACAUUGCAGAAGAGGAUGCUCAGUUGUCGGGAACUGAUUUUUUAGACAUGGCAUUCUUUGGGAAUAAGUUGAAGCAUCAUGAGGAUAUCAUGUCUGAGCAGAAUCCCAGUCACUCUUACGACUUCUUUGAGGAGAACUUUUUCAAAAAAAAGUCGUUGAAGUACAUAGAAGAUCAUCAAGAUGAAACGAAAAAGAGAGCUCCUAUCAAAGGUUCACGCAAGCAUGUAGAAAAAAGUAUUUGGGAGAGGAAGGAAGGCACGUUUGGACCCUCAGAGGUUGAGAAUGAUUUUGAGGUAAUUUAUGGAGUAGAAUGUCUUUUGUCUUUUGCAUAA